AUGGCUGAAAACGCAGAGGGGGACCUGAACUCCAAUCUGCUCCACGCCGCCUACCACACUGGCGACCCUCAGCUAGAUACGGCCAUCGGGCAGUGGCUCAGCUGGGAUAAGAAUCCCAAAACAAAAGAGCAGAUCGAAAAUCUAUUACGAAAUGGGAUGAACAAGGAGCUGCGCGAUCGUCUUUGCUGCCGAAUGACUUUUGGGACUGCAGGACUUCGUUCUGCCAUGGGAGCAGGAUUUUGCUAUAUUAAUGACCUUACAAUAAUCCAAUCAACACAGGGGAUGUAUAAAUACCUGGAGAGAUGUUUCUCAGACUUCAAGCAGAGAGGUGUUGUCGUUGGGUAUGACACUCGGGGUCAAGUAACUAGCAGCUGCAGCAGUCAGAGGCUUGCUAAACUCACUGCUGCAGUCUUGUUGGCCAAAGAUGUUCCUGUGUACCUUUUUUCAAGAUAUGUCCCUACACCUUUUGUACCAUAUGCAGUCCAGGAGCUCAAGGCAGUUGCAGGUGUGAUGAUUACUGCAUCUCACAACCGCAAGGAAGACAACGGAUACAAGGUUUAUUGGGAAAAUGGUGCUCAGAUCACAUCUCCUCAUGAUAAAGAAAUUCUGAAAUGUAUAGAAGAAUGUGUGGAACCCUGGAAUGGUUCCUGGAAUGAUAAUUUAGUGGAUACCAGCCCACUGAAGAGAGAUCCUCUCCAAGACAUUUGCAGGAGAUACAUGGAAGAUCUGAAAAAAAUCUGUUUUUACAGGGAGUUGAACUCAAAGACCACCUUGAAAUUUGUGCAUACAUCUUUUCAUGGGGUUGGACAUGACUAUGUGCAGUUGGCUUUUCAAGCGUUUGGUUUUAAGCCUCCAAUUCCAGUACCAGAACAAAAAGAUCCUGAUCCAGACUUCUCUACUGUUAAAUGUCCAAAUCCUGAAGAAGGAGAAUCUGUGCUGGAACUUUCUCUGAGACUGGCAGAGAAAGAAAAUGCUCGAAUAGUGGUAGCCACAGAUCCUGAUGCAGACCGACUGGCAGUGGCAGAACUUCAGGAAAAUGAUCAUUGGAAAGUUUUCACAGGGAAUGAGCUGGCAGCUUUGUUUGGGUGGUGGAUGUUUGAUUGCUGGAAGAAAAACAAAUCAAGAAAUGCUGAUGUGAAGAAUGUUUAUAUGUUAGCCACCACAGUCUCUUCUAAAAUUUUGAAGGCAAUUGCACUUAAAGAAGGAUUUCAUUUUGAAGAAACAUUACCAGGUUUUAAAUGGAUUGGAAGUAGGAUAAAAGACCUACUGGAAAAUGAGAAAGAAGUCCUUUUUGCAUUUGAAGAAUCUAUUGGUUUUCUGUGUGGAACUUCAGUUUUGGAUAAAGAUGGGGUGAGUGCGGCUGUUGUUGUUGCCGAGAUGGCAUCUUAUCUGGAAACCAUGAAUGUAACAUUGAAACAGCAACUGAUUAAUAUUUAUGAAAAGAUCUCAAGAACAGUGCUGCCUGUGAGUAAAAAUAGCCAAAUGAUUACAUUUACUUUUCAAAAUGGCUGUGUUGCUACUCUUCGGACAAGUGGCACAGAACCAAAGAUAAAAUAUUAUGCAGAGAUGUGUGCAUCACCUGACCAGAGUGACACUGUCUUCCUGGAAGAAGAAUUGAAGAAACUCAUUGAAGCUCUGAUUGAGAAUUUUCUUGAGCCCAGUAAGAAUGGACUGAUCUGGCGUUCUGUUUAGGGGUCCACCAGUAGAUCGUGACUUUGUACUGGCACAUGGAACAGAACAACCAAGAACUCCACGCAUUGAACCCUGUGAUGGUAUUCUCUCCCUAGCUCAUCUGGCUGAGUCUCUUUCCCCUUUAAUUUUCUUUCUUUUUUGUCUGCUGAC